AUGGUUUCCCAACUCAAUAAACGGACUCAUUUCGAACCUCCUUACGAGACGCAAAGUCCGCUCACAGCAGUAUCCGCCUCGAGGAAGACAAAUUUUACUACCGCACAGGAGCAACGAAUGUUUGAAAACGCUUCACUGCAAGGGAUCGCCAAAGUUUUUAACGAACAUAUAUGUGGUACUAUUAGAAGAGCCACAGUUGAUGGCGACUUGAAAGCUGCUGUGAUACUUGAUGCUGCGUGA